AUUUGUGUAUAUAGGUCACGUAAAUAUCCAGGCUAAUUUUUGUGUAUAAAAGCGGGGCUUUCUGGUCGGUAAAUCAUAGUUUGAUUGAUUACCCCAAACCAACAAAACUAAGCACUCACCAUGAAGUACCUGAUCGUCUUUGUUACCUUCGCCCUGUUCGCCUACAUCAACGCCAGCCCAGUGUACGGCAACCGAGGAGGAUAUGGUGGUGCCUAUGGUGGUAUUCCGCGAGUCGUCUACGAGGAGGUUCCCUCUUACGCUCCCCGUGGAUACGGCAGCUAUCCUCGCAGCCUGGUAUCGGAGGGUAAUGGUGGCAGGGCCGCCGCUGCCGCCGCCGCCGCCGCCGCUGCUGUGAAUCCCGGAAGCUACCGCCAGUACGCCGUUCCCUCCUACGAGAUCGACGGUGGACGCGGCAUCGAGUUGGGACGUGGCUAUGGACCCGUAGGAUACUAAAUCCCGAAUCUAACUAUCGACCCCUUGCUCAAAGUCUCGAGUGGCUGUCCCAGCGAAACUCUGAGAAUCGACCAAUAAAAACAACCUGAACGCAAUGGAAAAUAUCGAAUCAAAA